AUCUAUAGAAUGCCUCGUAUAUGUAACUCCGAACAAUCAUCUCGUCUGAUCAAAAACUAAACCAAAAACAAAAGGUGAAAAAUGGACAACAAAGAAGCAGGGAAAUCGUUGUCUGUUUCAUGGACUGAAACCUCGGAUAGUGUUUCUCGUCAUUUUCACUUCCGCCCCGACGGUCAAUUUUCUGUGAAGGUGAUUGACGAUUCAAGACCUAUUAUCUACAAAAUGACUGAAUCCUUCAUCAAUCAGUUCUUCCCUUCUGGUUUUCCAUAUAGUGUCAAUGAAGGAUACCUUAGAUACACUCAAUUCCGUGCAUUACAGCAUUUUUCAAGUGCGGCACUAUCCGUGUUGUCGACUCAGUCACUGUUAUAUGCUGCAGGUUUGAGACCUACACCUGCACAAGCAACUGUAGUUAGUUGGGUACUUAAAGACGGCAUGCAGCACAUGGGAAAGCUAAUAUGUAGUGAUUUAGGUGCACAGAUGGAUUCAGAGCCCAAACGGUGGAGAAUUUUGGCUGAUGUGCUGUAUGACUUGGGCACUGGUCUGGAAAUUUUGGCUCCGUUAUGCCCACCAUUGUUUCUUCAAACAGCUGGCCUUGGGAAUUUUGCAAAGGGGAUGGCUGUGGUUGCUGCAAGAUCGACAAGAUUACCAAUAUAUUCUUCCUUUGCCAAAGAGGGUAAUCUUAGUGACUUAUUUGCAAAAGGGGAGGCGAUCUCUACUGUGUUUAAUGUGCUUGGAAUAGGAGCUGGAAUUCAAUUAGUCUCUACCGUUUGUUCAUCAAUGCAAGGGAAGAUGGUUGUUGGGCCCCUUCUUUCCGUUAUACAUAUAUAUGGUGUAUGUGAAGAAAUGCGGGCUGCUCCCGUCAACACUUUGAACCCACAAAGAACUGCAAUGAUCGUAGAAGAGUUUCUAAAGACAGGAAAGGUAUCGGGCCCUGUAGACCUAAGGUACAAAGAAGAUCUGUUAUUUCCUGGACGGCUGAUAAAAGGUGCCGGAAAUGUUAAAGUCGGUAGAGAUUUGCAUACUGCAAUUAAGCCCUCAAAACUUAAGGAGCUCAAAGAAAUCUUUCCAAAUGAGAAGUUUCUGCUGAGUUAUGGAAACAGGUGGACAGACAUGGUGUUGGAGCAUAAUGCUAGCGGUGAAGAUGCACUAAGAGGAUGGCUGGUUGCAGUGUAUGCUUCAGAAAUGGUGAAAUCUGUUUCUGAACGAGAUUCCUAUGUGUUACAAGAGGCAUAUAAGAAAAUGAAGUCGGUAAUGACUUCAUUGCUUCCGCAAUUACAAGCAAAAGGGUGGCAUACUGACCGUUUUCUUGAUGGAAAAGGUAUACGUUUUGGUUUCUAGUUUUUACAUAUUGAUUAAUUCCAGUAUAAGCCAAACAUGUUCUUCCUAUUCUGUUAGUCUUUUCUUUCAGGUUACUAUAUGACCCAUUUAACUUACUUGAUUAUUCGGUUUAUAAAUUAAAAGAGAACUGGGAAAUUGAUAUAUUUGAAUUAAUCCUAUAAUAAACAUGGACAUGAUGUUA